AUGAGUCUCACGGACCAGAACAUCUACACGCACCGGGCCAAGGGAGCCAAUGUGGACAAAUCAGGGGCUGUCAAACGCCUGCAAAAGGAGCUGAUGGACCUGAUGAUGUGCAGUGACAAGUCAAUUUCGGCUUUUCCCGAUGGCGAGAAUCUAUUUCGCUGGAUCGCAACCAUCAACGGCCCAAAGGACACCGUCUUUGAUCAGUUGUCCUUCAAGAUGAACAUCCACUUCAGCUCUCAGUAUCCAUUCAGUGCCCCUAAAGUCAAGUUUCUAAAUCACUGUUUUCACCCGAACAUCAGUCCUUUAGGAGACAUUUGCUUGGAUAUUCUAAAGGAAAACUGGUCAGCUCUCUACGAUGUGCGCACUAUUCUCCUCUCCAUUCAGUCACUCCUCGGAGAGCCCAAUCUGGACAGUCCACUGGACCCGCAGGCCGCUAAAAUGUGGGGCUGUAAAGAUUACCGAAAAUUCGUUCUCGAAAAGGUGAAGGUUCAAAUUAAAUAA